AAGGAGGGGGGGGGGAAAAAAAAAAACCCCACAGUGGAGUUGAUAAAAGUGUGAAACAGCAAAAUAAACCAGCAGCAUCUUCUGAGUUCUUUGGUCUGCACAGAGAACUGGUUCUGACGGUACCAUGGACAGUCCCCUGACCUCUCUGCGGUGCUUUAGUGAGAGUGAAUUGUUCGUGGACGACGGGGUGGAGACCGUGACUUCAGUGGAUCAGAAAAAAGUUGAAGCCAGCAUCGAAGAAAUCAUCAGUGCUUGCAAGCAAACAAACAGUUUAUUACAGCCAGUGUUGUUGCGGGAUCAACACUAUAAGUAUCUUAAAAAAGGCUUACGUCAGCUGUCACAUACGUACGAGUGUCUAGAUGCUAGCAGACCGUGGCUUUGCUUUUGGAUUCUUCACAGUCUAGAGUUACUAGAGGAGCCUGUUCCUGCCGCUGUCGCCUCAGAUGUGUGUCAGUUCCUGGCACUCUGUCAAUGCCCAACAGGAGGUUUUGCAGGGGGGCCGGGACAGCACGCCCAUCUUGCUCCAACCUACGCUGCGGUCAAUGCCCUAUGUAUCAUUGGUACAGAAGAGGCUUAUAAUGUCAUAAACAGGGAGAAGCUGUUAGAUUUCCUGUGGUCAGUGAAGCAGCAGGACGGCUCUUUUGCGAUGCACGUCGGAGGGGAGGUGGAUGUCAGGAGUGCAUAUUGUGCAGCUUCUGUAGCAUCUCUGACCAACAUCAUUACACCUCAGCUGUUUGAAGACACACCCACCUGGAUCCUCAGUUGUCAGAACUGGGAAGGUGGCCUCAGUGGAGUUCCAGGGUUAGAGGCCCAUGGUGGCUACACUUUCUGUGGCACAGCUGCACUUGUCAUUUUGGGAAAGGAACAUAUGUUGGAUCUGAAAACAUUACUGCGGUGGGUGGUCAGCAGACAGAUGCGCUUCGAGGGAGGCUUCCAGGGCCGCUGUAAUAAACUGGUGGAUGGUUGCUACUCUUUCUGGCAGGCUGGAAUCCUGCCUCUGCUCCACAGAGCCUUACACAGAGAAGGAGAGUCUGAGGUGAGUCUGCAGCACUGGAUGUUUGAGCAACGAGCCUUGCAGGAAUACAUCUUCUUCUGCUGUCAGAACCCAACCGGGGGGUUUGUGGAUAAGCCCGGCAAAUCCAGAGAUUUUUACCACACAUGUUACUGCCUGAGCGGCCUGUCCAUCGCACAGCAGUGUGGAAACGCCGACGCGCUCCACGACCUGAUCCUGGGCCCUGACAUCAACAGAGUAGCACCAACCCAUCCGGUGUACAACAUUGGCCCGGAGAAGGUGGCUCAGGCCCUGCAGCACUUUCAUCAGCUACCAGUCCCAGAGUUCAGAAGGGAGCAGGAAGUCUCCAGCCAAGACCCAGCAGCAGCUUCUGGUUCAGGUGAGCAUCAGUCCUAGUCUUCAGGAUCCAAGUGCACCAGCCAACCCCAGGGAACAGACCCAAGUCAGCGAAGAGCCAGCUGUGAAGUGGACAAGCUUGACAAGCCCUCUCAUCUUUGACGUCAAGUAGAAAAUGCAUUUAGGUUACUGAAAACAAAUGUCAGUUGUGUACGGGAAGCUUUGUAUUCAGUGGAAGUUUUGUUUGCAGUGGAGAUAGUUUUAAUUCAAAAAAAUAAUAAUUCAACUUUUUAAAGUUUCAAUAUGAUGCAAGUGAAUAAAACUUUGAUAAUGAUGUUA